AUGCACGCUCACCUGCUCAAGAUCGUUUUGCAAAAGCGUUCCAAAAACAGUUACUUCAUCAAUACUCAUAACAUAACAGAGGACAUCAUGGAACACACAGGCAGCUUCCACAGUGCUCAGGAGCAGAUUGGAUUCAUCCAGAACUACUAUGCUAAGGCAGAUGCAGACCCCCUUUUCAUAAUCAUCCAUAACCUUGAUGGGAAUGUGUGUGGAGAGAAGACCCAGGCUGCGAUGUCUCAGUUAGCGACUGCACCAAAAAUCCACCUCCUGGCCUCUAUCGAUCACAUUAAUGCACCUCUUGUUUUUGAUGGGAGCAAAAUGAGUUGUUACAAUGCCCUCUGGUGUGAUGGAACAACACUUGGACCCUAUUCAGAAGAGACCUCGUAUGAAAACUCUCUCCUUGUGCAACAGUCUGGAGCCCUUGCUUUGUCUUCGCUAAUUCACGUAUUCAAGUCAUUAACUCCAAAUGCCAAAGGUAUUUUCCUGCUCCUGGCUAGACAUCAGCUUCAGCAAAAAGAUAAUUCCAAUUAUGGAGGAUUGUCCUUCAAUGAUAUGUACCAGCGAUGUAGGGAAGCUUUCUUGGUUAACUCUGAUCUCACCCUCCGUGCUCAGCUAACAGAAUUCAGAGACCACAAACUCAUUAAGUCUAAGAAAGGUUUAGAUGGUGUGGAAAACCUUCUGAUUCCUUUAGAUCCUGCAACUCUGCAAGAAUUUGUUAAUCAGCAAGAAGCUGAUGGUCUGUGAUGAAACAAGUACAAAUUAAUUGUGAUAAAUGUUUUUAGUCUUAAGAUAUUUUCUUCCAGAUUAAAUGCCUCAAAACAUGUUAUCGUCUAAGUAUAAUUUUAAUGUUACUCAAACCUGUUGUUUUCUUUGGUGUUCAUUGAAAGACUAAUUUUGAUUGUUUCCCAGUCAGGUUUUUGUGAUUGUUAUUUAACUUAUUUUUUUCUUACUCUUUUUAAGUUCAGUGUGUCAGUCAUUUAAUGUGUAUCAUUUUUAUACUGUCUGAGAGAUCUAAAUAUUAGUUGUUAUUUUCUUUAGCUGAAAUCUCAUAGCUUUCCUUUAUUUUUAUUGAAAAAUUGUACCAAAAUCUGAAGUGUCCAAAACUUUCAAUAUUUAUAUUUUUAAAACAAAAUACUGUUGAAAUGUGAUUUUUUUCAGCUCUCUUGUCUAUUAUGUAAACUUUUUUCUCAUAUUUUUAUGAUACAGGGCACAACUAGAAUGUUCAGAAGCAAUAUUUUGUUAUUUUUCAUAUUGUGAUGAAAUAUUUUUAGGUGAAUUAAGCUUUAUUUUUAUCAGAAUAAAAUUUCUAAAGAAAUAUGUUCUGAAUAAUACCUAAUACAUUGUAUCUUGAUAAAAUGAAAUUUGAAAUAUGAUGGGAACAAUGGAAAGUACAAUGUGCACAUACUUUUAAAAGCAUGUUGAGUUAGACAGAAAUGUGCUUCAAAUCAUCACAUCUCCAUUAUCCUUAUUAAAACCAUGAUAAUACAGGACUCCCAUUGGGUUGGACGCUACAUGAAGCAUUCUCAUUCACAUUAAUACCUUGUAAUUUGCUAAGUUAUUUCCAGCUACAUGAUACAUUAGAAGAGACAAUGUAUUUCUAUUUCCUACAUAGUGACUCAAUUAUUGAUAAGUUCUAGGACUCUUCACACUGUUGCCAAAUGGAAAUGAAAGUGAGCAUCCCUUCUUUAUGUAAAGGUCCUUUUCUCUUUUGGUAGCGGGAAAAUUUUACAUGCAGUUUUCUGAUUAGCUCUGCACUACGAAGAAUGUG